GGUUCCCCUGGCUUCUUACUGACUUCAGCUGGUGAGCACAGAAGGGCACGAUGUUGCUGCUGCUGCCACUUGGGUUUGUCCUUUCGAAGCACUUUUUAACUCAAAAAACCUGCCUCCCAGGGACUCCUUGAAGCUCUUUCCGGGCGCAGGCGUCUGGCGCGCACGCUCGCUCUCUCUCUCUCUCUCUCUCGGUUCUGCAAGAGGAAGGAGUGGGUCUGUGAAUGUUUGUAUGUUUUUCUAGUCCCUUCACACGUAUGAAAAGUGUGUAUAUGUGAGAGUGUGGGGAGUGUGGGGGGGGGUCAAAGAGCGGAAGAGAAGCUUCCGUGGCCCCGGCUUCAGUGUCCCUCGGUGGGCAGCCUCUGUAGCCAGGCUGGUCUCUCCUGGUGCACGCUUCUGAGAUGACGUCCCUCUGGAAUAUCCUUUUGGCGACAACCCUGUUCUUACUCCUGCCCCUGCACACGUCGGCCUCUCCAGCCUCUGACGACCAGCCCAGCGCCAGACACUCCAGUGGCCACACCUGUGUGGGCUGUGUGGUGGUGGUAUCCGUGAUUGAACAGCUUGCUCAAGUUCACAACUCCACGGUGGAGGCCUCAAUGGAGAGACUCUGCAGCUACCUGCCUGGUAAAUACAGAAAGGGACAUGCAGCUGAGCCGUGGAAAUUUACACUAGAGAAGGCGAGACAGAUUGUGAAGAAAUCCCCAACUCUGAAACAUUCCAGAAGUAGUUCUGAUGUUUGUUCCCUCCCAUUUUUGGCCAAGAUCUGUCAGAGGAUUAAAUCAGCUAUAGAAAAUUCUGUGCCAUUCAAAGAUGGAGAUUCAGACAAAUACAGCAUUUUCCCAACGCUGAGGGGCUACACCUGGCGAGGGAGAGACUGCAAUGACAGCAACAAGAUGGCAUACCCGGGCAGAAGGCCAGACAACUGGGAUAUACACGAGGAUUCAAACUGUAAUGGCAUUUGGGGUGUUGAUCCAAAAGAUGGAAUUCCGUAUGAGAAGAAGUUCUGUGAAGGUUCACAGCCCAGGGGAAUCAUUUUGCUGGGAGACUCAGCUGGGGCUCAUUUUCACAUCUCUCCCGAAUGGAUCACAGCUUCACAGAUGUCUUUGAAAUCCUUCAUCAAUUUACCAAUAGCUCUUACCAAUGAGCUCGACUGGCCCCAAUUCUCUGGUGCUACUGGGUUUCUGGACUCCAUUAGUGGGUACAAGAAAAAGGUAUUUUUCUAAAGAUUAAAAAGAGUACUUCAUUGUUGAAUUGAACUCACUAACUUUAAUUAUUUUCUUAAUUUUAAUUAUUCAGGUGCAUCUUCCCAAAACCUGGAGAGAUUUCUAGAAACUUUGUCUAGGAACCAACUGUUGGACCAUCCAGCCAUCGUCAUAUACGCCAUGAUUGGAAAUGAUGUCUGCAAAGGGAAAGUUGACCCAGUCGCAGCAAUGACCACUCCCGAGAAAUUAUACUCCAAUAUCAUGCGGACUCUGAAGUAUCUAAAUUCCCGCCUGCCAAAUGGCAGUCAUGUUAUUUUAUACGGCUUACCAGAUGGAACAUUUCUCUGGGAUAAUUUGCACAACAGAUAUUAUCCUCUCGGCCAGCUAAAUAAGGAUGUGACCUAUGCACAUUUCUACUCCUUCCUGAACUGUCUCCAGGUCAGCCCCUGCCACAGUUGGAUGUCCUCCAACAAGACGCUCCGGACUCUCACUUCAGAGAGAGCGAAACAACUCUCCAAUACACUGAAAAAAAUUGCAACCAGCCAGAAAUUUACGAACUUCGAUCUUUUCUACAUGGAUUUUGACUUCCGAGAUCUCGUGGACGAGUGGCGGAAGAGAGGCGGGCAGCCCUGGCAGCUCAUUGAACCAGUCGAUGGAUUCCACCCCAAUGAGGUCGCUUCACUGCUAUUGGCAGAUCACUUCUGGAAGAAGGUGCAGCUCCAGUGGCCCCAGGUUCUGGGAAAGGAGAAUCCAUUUAACUCUCAGAUUGAACAGGUGUUUGGAGACCAAGGGGGCCACUGAGUGCCUCCAGGAUACGCACUCCUGGAAAGCUCAGGGAGGCAAGAACUUGGGUAAAUUCAUUCAACAAAUGGUUCUGGGGCUGCCAUUUUGCAGGCCCAUAGGACCCUCUUUAGCAGCAACUUUGCAAAGUGCUUUUCUCUCAUUCUGGAGUCUAUCUGAAUGACAGCGUGAUUCUGAGUGUUUCAGGGAGCAGUUCCCUCCAUUUGUCCCUAAAAUCACCUUUAAUAAAGUGUUGUGGAUGCCAUUCCAAGCAGA